CUAGGAUUGCAGCUGUCAUUUGACAUCGUGAAGCAAUCUCAAAGGCUGAGCGUUGCACAGCGAGCACUCGAUAGCGCAGCAACCGACUGCACGCAAGCAGCACGCCAUCGAUGCGCGCCCUCUCCCGCACCACUGCAAGGCUCGCCGGCCGAGCCAUGUCGAGCGAGACCAAGAAACCGGCGAAGCUCUGGGGCGGCGCCUUCGGGGAGGCCACGGACAAGACCAUGGAGCUGUUUAAUGAUUCCUUGCCCUUCGACAAGAGGCUCUGGGCCGCGGACCUUGCCGGCUCUAAAGCUUACGCUGCUGCACUCACGGAGGCCGGCGUCAUUGAUUCAGACCAAUCGAGCAAGAUGCGCCAAGGACUGAGCGACGUGCGCAAGGAGUGGGCCGAUAAUAAAUUUGUGGAGAUUGAGGGCGACGAGGACAUUCACACCGCGAAUGAACGGCGAUUAGGUGAUCUGGUGGGCACGGACAUCGCCGGCCGGUUGCACACGGGCCGGUCGAGAAAUGAUCAGGUCGCCACGGAUCUGCGAUUGUGGUUGCGGGCCGAGGUGCACGCGUUGCGAUCAUUGCUCAGAGGCCUCGUGGAAGAUGCGAGAGACGUGGCCGGAUCUGACGAAGCGCAGGGCGCCCUCAUGCCCGGCUACACGCAUCUCCAGAGAGCCCAACCGGUGAGAUAUUCGCACUGGUUGAUGAGCCACGCCUGGGCGUGGACGCGCGACGCGGAGCGGCUGGACGCGUUGUGGGCGCGCAGUGAUCGGUGCCCGCUCGGCUCGGGAGCUUUGGCGGGCCACCCCUUCUUCGACGAGGAGCAGCGCCGGAAGCUGAGCGAUGCCCUCAAGUUUGGCGGGGGUCCCACUCCCAAUUCCAUGGACUCGGUCUCGGACCGCGACUUCGCCGUCGAGUUCACGCAGUGGGCGGCGUUGCUCGGCGUGCACCUGUCGAGGUGGGCCGAGGAUUUGAUUAUUUACGGGACGAAAGAGUUCGCGUUCGUGUCCUUUGGGCAGCGCUACUCGACGGGCUCGUCGCUCAUGCCCCAGAAGCGCAACCCCGACGCGCUCGAACUCUUGAGGGGCAAGGCCGCGCGCUUGGCGGGCCACCAGGCGACGCUCACGUCGCUCCUCGCGUCGUGCCCGUCGGCCUACAACAAGGACCUCCAAGAAGAUAAGGAGCCCGUCUUCGACGCCGCGCACCAGUUGAGGGUCGCUCUGGAGGUGGCGCGGGGCGUGCUCACGACGACGGAGAUCCACCCCGAGCGCAUGCGGAGCGCUCUGGAGCCGGCGAUGCUCGCGACCGAUUUGGCCGAGCAUCUGGUGCGAAAGCACAACGUGCCCUUCCGCGAGACGCACCACGUGGCUGGGGCCGCCGUGCGGCUCGCUGAAAAGGAGAACACGUCGCUCGCGGGGUUGUCCAAAGCUCAAUUAGCUACUCUCCACCCGGCCUUCGAGAACGAUAGCGACGCGGACGUCGCGGCGCUCUGGGACUUUGACCGGUCGGCGGAGUCGCGGGACGCGCAGGGCGGCACGUCCAUCAGAGCCCAGAAGGAGCAGGUCGCGGCGUUGUCGGCGUGGCUCGCGCGGACGGAGAACGACGGGCCUUCCCAGGACGCCGUGGCGCUCGUGACGGAGCCCUAGGUACGCGUUGUUCCCAUGGCGUAAAGUGAGGUUUAGAAGAGGC